AUAAAAUGUUAAAAAAAAAAAGCUCUAUAUUUGAUCACUUUUUCAUUUGCUUUUCUUGUUCUUGAUUUCCUGACCUGCCUUGAACCAUAAGGAGGAAACCUCAGGUGCUACACUUCUCUAUCCAAGUACAUAUUUUGAAGGCCGGAAGUCCCGUUUGUUCCAGACGCAGAGCCCGGUAUCCGUCCUAGAGAACACCGUUCCGAUCAAACCCGACUUGCUCAUCCCGGUACGCACCCGAUCCAAACGUGCCCGGCCCGCUCUCAACCCGUGGACUCUCAUCCCUCCGCCCGUCCCACCCGCUUCCCGCCCAAGGAAAAAGAGGCGGGCGAGGAAGAUGAUGUCAUCGCCGCCAUCACCACUCAACCAGGGCGCGAACUCAUCGGACCCGCAAUCAUCCGGGGUCAGGAGAUGCGCGCACUGCCAAGUCACCAAGACGCCGCAGUGGCGGGAGGGGCCGGCGGGGCCCACGACGCUGUGCAACGCUUGCGGGGUCCGGUACCGCUCCGGGCGGCUUUUCCCGGAGUACCGGCCCGUGGCUAGCCCGACGUUCGUCCCGGAGCUGCACUCUAACUCACACAGGAAGGUUGUUGAGAUGAGGAGGAGAGCUGGUGUGGAGGGGACAGCAGCAGAUGGCCAAGAGUUGAAGGUGGUGUGUGAGAGAGUGUGGUUAGGGGUAGAAAGGGGAUAGUGAUAUUUCAUCAAACCAUGUGUUUGUUUGUGUUCUAUUGUUUGAGGUUAAGUUUCUUUAGAAGGGAGAUGUUUGUGUGCUGAUGAUGAUCACUCCAACCAGUUUUGUACAAAUUUGUUGUGGACUAAAAGAGUUUGGAUGUUCUUAUUAUUGCUUUUUUCAGGAUAAAAAGUGUAUACUUUGUGUCCCAU